CUAGUGCGUCAGAAAGGCCGAGGCUUUCGUCUUACUCAUCUAGUCCUGAGCGCUGUUGUCUAUAGAUGUGAUUGGUAUUAUAAUGUAAAUAGCUACACACACAUAUAUAUGAAUCUCCGUGUUGUACAGAAUUUCUAUUUUGGUAUCUUUCUUUUAAAGGCGUGAUAGUUACAUAAAAUGCCAAGUGAAAUAACCAAAGCAUUCCUAUCAGCAUUCUUAGAAUACGACACUGUAAAAGUAGUUCACAUCAAAAGCAAGAAAGCUGGUAUUAUUAAUAGGAUAACGCAAUUGGUCAUAAUAGUCUACAUUAUUGGUGUUGCCAUUAUCUACAUGAAGGGUUAUCAAACCUUCAGUUCUAUUGAAAGUUCCACCACCACUAAGGUCAAGGGGGCAGCUUACACUAACUUUUCCACCAAGGAGUUUAAUCCACAUUUAAGGAACAUUGAAGACUACAGAAGAAUUUGGGAUGUUGCAGACUAUGUUGUCCCACCUUCGGAAAGUGGUUCUUUUUUUGUUACUACCAAUAUUGUUAUUACAUCAAACCAGACACAGUCCACCUGUCCUGAGGAUCCAGAAAUACCCGGAGCCGUGUGUGAUCCAAAUAAUAAUACCUGUCAAGCUGGUACACCUACUCUACUGGGAAAUGGUAUGAUGACUGGAGCUUGUGUUACCUCAGAUAUUAAUUCAAAGACCAAUGUUUGUGAAAUAUAUGCAUGGUGCCCAGUGGAGCAAGAUUUGAACCCCCUUAUAAAAAACAAGGCCUUACUUUCUGCUUCAAAGAAUUUUACUGUGUUGAUCAAGAACUUUGUAGAGUUUCCCAAGUUUAAUAUCAGAAGGAGGAAUAUUCUUGACACCAGCAAUAAAACUUACCUCCGAGGGUGUCACUACCAUCCGAGAACAAACCCUGCUUGUCCAAUAUUUGUUCUUGGAGAAAUUGUUGCAGAAGCUGGGGAAGAUUAUGAUGCUAUGGCUACGAAAGGUGGAGUAAUUGCCAUUAUUAUAGAAUGGGAUUGUAAUUUCGAUUAUGAUGAAAAUUACUGCAUUCCAAAAUAUUCCUUUAGAAGGUUAGAUGAUCCAAAGGCUAAGCUUGCUAAAGGCUGGAAUUUCAGGUUUGCCAAUUACUUCAGUGACAACACCAGGUCUCUCUACAAAGUGUACGGUAUCAAGUACGUUGUGAUUGUACAUGGCAAAGGAGGAAAAUUCAAUUUUGUACCCUUACUAAUUAACAUUGGGUCUGGUCUGGGGCUUUUGGCUGUGGCUACAGUGAUAGGUGACAUUAUUGUACUAUAUGUGCUGAAAAAAAGAAAAUAUUACAGAAGCAAGAAAUUCCAACUAGCUUUUGUUGAAGACGAGGAGGGUUCCUGUAAGGACAAAACAGAUCUUGCAGUUAGAAAAAGGAAAAAUGAAAACUGCAAUUCUGAUUGCCCCGAGACAUUCAAAUUGAACGAAAGCCAACAAACAAAGUGAACCAUACAUCUUAAUAGCUAAAACACAACAGAAAUGUUAAAUGGACAUGUUCAACUUUGAAAGUUUUUAUUUAUUUUUAACUUGCAAUUUCUCAACAUCAUUUUUAUAUCUUUUACUUUUUUUUUCAUGAUUCAUUUAUGCAUAAAGGUGCUCUACUUAAUAAUUACUUUUUUUAAUUUGUACCACCUAUAUUAUUAUGAUAUUUUUUUAAA